UAGUGAGCCAUUCCAGUGGAAAACUGUCUGGCCAACAGAAUUCCAACAGUUCUCGCUUGAAAUACGCAAAAGGCGAAACAUAAUAAAUCAAGAUGUACGCCAUGCUGGUGGCAAUCUCGACGGCUAUCUACACUACGGUGGCCACCAUUUGGCAGGUUGAACAAACCCUUAUCAAUUGGAUGAUAUCCUUCAGUCUGUUUAUUUUUGGUCUGAUUUGUAACCCCUACAUGGUGUUACCCUUGCUUGCAACCGGGUUUCUCAUGGUGAACCGUGUCUUGCUGCGUCGUGGCGUUCCACGCAGUCCCUCAACCCGAAAGACUCCUGGCAACGAGUCCGGGUCGGGCUACUCCAGGCGGUACGCCAUGUAUACAACGCCACGCGGCUCGGAUAGCUUUUCCGCAGCAGAUAGCUUAGGUGACACAUCCCAGGACUAAACGAGCAACGCACUCUCACAAUUACAAGCUUCACACGGGUUUAUUAAGCAUACAAAAUUCAUCUUACAAUAAUACUUCAUACAUAUGUGGUGGUACGGCUGUGGUGGUGGAUGGUUGCUAAGACUAUUGCAAU